UCAAAAGCCUAUAGGAUUCGUGAUGAAUGAAUUUGUUUGGUUAAAACAAAGUAUUUAAAGUUUUAUUAUAGUAGUAUUAUCUGUAAAAAUGGACGUUUUUAAUAAAUUUUAUUCGUCGGUUAGUAAUACUGUAUCCCAAUUAUCUGGUGUUUUACCAGGAAAUCCCGUCACAAGAGAAUUCGAAGCGACACAAUUUAUUGCGAGUGCUGGACCAGGUCUGCUCUGGAAAGUUUAUAAAGGUUACAAAAAAUCAACAAAACAAGAAGCUUCUAUAUUUGUUUUUGAAAAAAAACUUCUUGAUCGUUGGACGAAAGCCGACAGAGAUGUUAUGAUCGAGAUAUUGCGGCGCGGCGUUGUGCAGCUCACAAAGUUGCGCCACCCGCAGGUCCUCACAGUACAGCACAGCUUGGAGGAGAGCCGAGAGAGUCUCGCAUUUGCAACGGAACCUGUGUUUGCAAGUCUGGCAAAUAUUUUAGGCAAUACAGAAAAUAUGCCCCAACCUAUUCCCAAUAAUAUGGUUAAUUACAAAUUGUAUGAAGUAGAAAUAAAAUAUGGUUUGAUGCAAAUCGCCGAGGGCCUGGCUUUCCUCCACAAUGAUGUAAAGCUUCUUCACCACAACAUAAGUCCUGAAUCAAUAAUAGUCAAUCAGCAAGGUGCUUGGAAAAUAUUUGGUUUUGAUUUCUGUAUAGCAAAUCAGAGUUCUCCCGGUGCGCCACCAUUUUGGCCAUUCACCGAGUAUUGUCAGGCGCUGCACCCGCUGACCCAACCCGCUUUAGACUACCUGGCACCUGAAUAUAUUUUGUCUGCAAGUCAUUCCCCCGCAAGUGAUAUUUACUCAUUGGGUAUGUUGAUCUAUGCUUUGCACAGUACGGGGCAUCAGUCAUUGGGGAAUAUAGGAAAUGAUUACAUAAAGUUCAAAAAGUUUGCAAAUGAGCUGAGGAACCUUCCCCAGUCCCGUUUGCUCUGUGUGACGGAGGGCCUCAGGGAAUAUGUGAAGCUGAUGUUGAACACAACACCGGAGCUGCGGCCGGACCCACAUCAGUUUUUAAAAAUUCCGUACUUUGAAGAUGUUGGAGUGAAAACAUUAAAUUAUUUGGACUCACUAUUUCAGUGGGACAAUUUGCAAAAGUCACAAUUUUACAAAGGACUUCCUCAAGUUAUACAGAAGAUGCCUCACCGUAUCUGCAUAUACCGGAUCCUUCCGUGUCUCACCAAGGAGUUUGUCAACCCGCCCAUGGUGCCGUUCGUGCUGCCAAAUGUUCUUUUGAUUGCAGAAAACUCAACCAAAGAGGAGUACGUGAAGUAUAUACUUCCAGUACUGAAGCCGGUCAUGAUGAUUCAAGAUCCAAUACAAAUUCUGCUCAUAUUUAUGCAAAAAAUGGAACUUCUGCUCAAACUGACCCCAGGGGAGGAAGUGAAGAGUGACAUCCUGCCGAUGCUGUACCGGGCGCUGGAGUCGGACGCGCAGCAGAUCCAGGAGCUGUGCCUGUGCGUGCUGCCGACCUUCGCCGCGCUCAUCGACUACCCCGCCAUGAAGAACGCGCUGCUGCCCCGCAUCAAGAAGCUCUGCAUCGGCACCAGCUACAUCUCGGUGCGCGUCAAUUGCUUGCUCUGUUUGGGGAAACUGUUGGAACAUUUGGACAAAUGGUUGGUGUUGGAUGAGAUCAUUCCGUUCCUGCCGCAGAUACCGUCUCGGGAGCCGGCAGUUUUGAUGGGCAUUUUAGGCAUAUACAAGGUGGCGCUGAGCCACAAGAAGCUGGGCAUAACGAAGGAGGUGAUGGCGACGAAGGUGCUGCCGUUCCUGAUCCCGCUGUGUGUGGAGAACGGGCUGACGCUGAGCCAGUUCAACGCGCUGGCGGCGCUCGUGCGCCAGAUGGUGGCCACAGUCGAGGCCGAGCACCGCGCCAAGCUCGAGCAGCUCAACUCCAUACAGAACGACUCCAAGGUAAUGGAGCGCGCGCUGAGCUCCGUGAGUGCGGGCGAGACGCUGGUGCCGCUGCCCGCGCACACAGACCUCGACGACAUGUUCUCCGGCCUGGGCCUGGAGCCUUUCACAGCGGAGAAGCCCUCUGCCCCCGCCCCCGCCCCUCUCGCCCCUCUCGCCUCCUCCAUUACAACUGCCUCGUCCCUUACUAUGGAAGAAAAACAGAGGCUGGCUCAGCAGCAGGACACGGCGAGGAGGUUCACCCGCCAGCAACCCCCGGCCGUAGCGCCCGCCCCCCCGGCGCAGCCCCCGCGCCCCGUCGACCUCACCAGCUCGCUGCUGCAGGCCAACCUCACACAGCUGUCUCAGAAGCCCUACCCCAAGCCGACGACGAGCCAGCUCGCGCCCAGCUAUAGCGCUUCGAGCUUCAUGUCCACUCGCAUGCCGCUCAACACCUCGUACGGCCACAACGCCCUAGGGCUGGAGGCCCAGGGCGCGGCUGGGGGCGCGGCCGUGGGCGCGACGACGUGGGCGACGCCCAGCAACGCCAACUACAGCAACAAGUGGGCCGGCAGCCAGGGCCGGCAGGGCGGCGUGAAGCAGGACUGGUCCGCCUUCGAGUCCCUGCUGCCCGCCCAGCAGCAGCAGCAGCAGCAACACGACAGCAACAAGAACGGCGUCAAGGCGGAUGGCAGCGGGGAGAUGAUGGACUUGCUGAGCUAGACGGCCGCCAUCAACAUUCAGUCAGGGUAAUGUUUGUACUACGUUUUCUUUUGUAACUUAGCAGCAGCAGCAGCAGCAGUCUGCUUCCUGCAUUGUGUCUGCAACUCCUCGGAUAAUACAAAACUUUGUAUUCUGUAUAUGUAUGAUAUUACA